GGGUUGUAAGAUGCUAACAAAACACGUUCACCUUUACACAAUUUCAGGGAAAGGUGUUUUGGCGUUUGGCUUCAGUCCCUGCCAAAGAAAGCCCAGUUUCCUUCUCCUCUUUUUCCAGUGGUGAAACUCUUUGGGGUUUACCAGGAAGCCUCUGUGGCUGGUAAUGCCUUUAUGUCGCUUAGCCUCUCGAAGACGUCCAAAGUUCUGAGCUUGUACGCCUUUCAAAGAACAGAAUCUACACUCUUCUGAGGCCGACACAGUAGAACGUCAAGACUGUCUGAGACCUUCUCAGGGAUUCCGGAAAGUGAAAACCAGGGAAGUUGGGCACUUCCGCAUCAGGGGAGCGAGGCUCUGUCCGUUUUCCGCUCGAACCUUGGGGGGAAGUGUAGUGUAGGAGGGCGAUACUGUAGCCGGUACACGCACGCAGACAGACACACACACACACACACACACACACACACACACACACACACACACAAUUCCUUGUGGGACAUGUAGUCCAGAGCUCGUGCCGGCACACACACCCACACACACCCUUGCAUUCUGGGACAUGUAGUCCAGAGCUCGUGCCGGUAGACACACCCGCACCCACCCUUGCAUUCUGGGACAUGUAGUCCAGAGCUCGUAAACUCGUGUAGUCUCAUAUACUGCAGCUACAGUAAUGCCGCUCUGUAAACGUUUCCCCGCGGAAUUCUGGGAAAUGUGGUCCAGGAGCUCCGGGUUAGUCGCAGGCACUUCCGCCCCAGGAGGACAACGUAGCAGCCAUCUUUUGCCUGAUUAUGGUGUUUCAGGUCCGCUCUUCACGACCCAUUCAAGCUUCCACGACAUGCGCCUGGGGCCAACAUUUCCAGACCUUUCAUUUGGGGAGAAAGAGGAGGAGCGGCUAAAAGCGGAGGUUUGAGGGCCUAGGGUGGUGAUGUACGUCCCCCGGGCGGAGCUUCUUUGCGUUUGCCCUGACUUCUCAAAAAGCACUGCACGGAGGAAGAGGCAACAGAGCCCCACGACUCUGCACUUUCCCAGAAGGAGAGAGAAAAUGAGCACAUUCCAGGAGGCGGUGACCUUCAAGGACGUGGCCGUGGCCUUCACCGAGGAGGAGCUGGGGCUGCUGGACUUGGCCCAGAGGAAGCUGUACCAGGAUGUGAUGGUAGAAAACUUCCGGAACCUGGUCUCAGUGGAAGAAAACAAUCAAAGUGAGUUGAGGGCCGUUCAAGACAGAGGAUCACGUGAAGACCUUUCCUGCCGGCAAAUCUGGCAACAAAUUGCAAGUGACUUAACCAGAUGCCAAGACUCCGUGAUAAAUAGUUGUCAGUUCCACAAACAAGGUGAUUCCCCCUGCCAGGGUGGGGCAGGACUCUCUAUUCAAAUUUCUGAAGAUGAGAACCAUAUAUUAAAUGAUAAAGCGGGUGAUCCCAGUAGUACUGGAAAUCCAAGGUGUGCAACUCUGAGAGCCCAGGAUUCCUGGAGGAAAACUUCAUUGACUGAGUUGCAGAAUUAUCAGAAUAGACACCAGCAAAUUUCCAUGAAAAAUAAACUGUGUCAGUGUAAAGAGGAUGUUGACACCAUCAGUUGGAUUUCACAUCACCUUGAUGCUCAUGGAGUACACAAGGGUCAAAAAUCUUACAGCUACAGUGAUUAUAGAAAAGAUAGCACGAGGGUUUCAACACUGGAUCAGAAAACUAUGAUUCACACAGGACAAAAACCUUACCAGUGUAACGAAUAUAAAAAAACCUUCACCAAUCUCUCCACCUUUGAUCUUCACCAGCAAUUACACUCAAAAGAGAAGUCUCAUAUGUGCAGUGAGUGUGGAAAAGGCUUCCGUUACAGCUCGGUUCUUCAUAUUCAUCAGAGAGUUCACGUGGGAGGAAAACGCAGUGAGUGUGAUGAGUGUGGCAAGGAGUUCAGUCAGAGCUCACAGCUGCAGACUCCUCAGAAAGUCCACACUGUAGAGAAACCGUUCAAAUGUGGGGAAUGUGGGAAAGGCUUCAGUCGUAGGUCAGCACUUACUGUUCAUUGUAAAGUCCACACGGGAGAGAAACCUUAUAAUUGUGAGGAGUGCGGGAGGGCCUUCAGUCAGGCCUCUCACCUUCAGGACCAUCAGAGAGUCCACACUGGGGAGAAACCAUUCAAAUGUGACAUGUGCGAUAAGAGCUUCAGUCGGAAUUCACACCUUCAGUCUCAUCAGAGAGUCCAUACGGGAGAGAAGCCAUACAAAUGUGAGGAGUGUGGGAAGGGCUUCAUUUGUAGCUCAAAUCUAUACAUUCAUCAGAGGGUCCACACAGGAGAAAAACCCUACAAAUGUGAGGAAUGUGGGAAAGGCUUUAGUCGGCCUUCAAGUCUUCAGGCCCAUCAGGGGGUCCACACUGGAGAGAAAUCAUACAUAUGUAAUGUGUGUGGUAAAGGCUUUACUCUGAGUUCAAACCUUCAGGCACAUCAAAGAGUCCAUACAGGAGAGAAACCAUACAAAUGUGAUGAGUGUGGGAAGAGCUUCAGGAGGAACUCCCAUUAUCAAGUUCAUCUGGUUGUCCACACAGGGGAGAAGCCCUAUAAAUGUGAGGUAUGUGGGAAGGGCUUCAGUCAGAGUUCAUAUCUUCAAAUCCAUCAGAAGGCCCACAGCAUAGAGAAACCUUACAAGUGUGAGGAGUGUGGGCAAGGCUUCAAUCAGAGUUCACGACUUCAGAUUCACCAGCUGAUCCAUACCGGUGAGAAACCAUACAAAUGUGAAGAGUGUGGGAAGGGAUUCAGUCGAAGAGCAGAUCUUAAAAUUCACUGCAGAAUCCACACCGGAGAGAAACCGUAUAAUUGUGAGGAGUGUGGGAAAGUCUUCAGGCAGGCCUCAAAUCUUCUGGCCCAUCAGAGAGUCCACAGCGGAGAAAAACCAUUCAAAUGUGAAGAGUGUGGGAAGAGCUUCGGUCGGAGUUCACACCUUCAAGCCCAUCAAAAAGUCCACACUGGAGAAAAGCCAUACAAAUGUGAGGAGUGUGGGAAGGGCUUCAAGUGGAGCCUGAACCUCGACAUGCAUCAGAGGGUCCACACAGGAGAGAAACCAUAUAAGUGUGGGGAGUGUGGGAAGCACUUCAGUCAGGCCUCAAGUCUUCAGCUUCAUCAGAGUGUCCACACUGGAGAGAAGCCGUACAGAUGUGACAGAUGCAGUAAGGUCUUCAGUCGGUCUUCACAGUUACAGUCUCAUCAGAGAGUGCACACAGGGGAGAAGCCUUACAAGUGUGAGACCUGUGGUAAGAGCUUCAGUUGGCGCUCCAAUCUAACAAUUCAUCACAGAAUCCAUGCUACUGAUAAAUCCUAUAAAAGUGAUAGGAAUGGUAAGACCAUCAGAGAGCCCACACAGGAAAAAAGUUCCAUAAAAUGAUUAAAAAAAAAAACA